AUGGCUACCCUUGCUUCUCGGAAGAUGACGGUGCUGACCAUCGACGGCGGCGGCAUCAGAGGCCUCAUCCCCGGUACAAUCCUCGCCUUCCUCGAGAAAAAGCUUCAGGAGCUAGACGGGCCCAACGCACGGCUGGCCGACUACUUCGACUACAUCGCCGGAACCAGCACCGGCGGCCUUAUCACGGCGAUGCUCGCCGCCCCGAAUAAGGAUAAGCGCCCGCUCUUCACCGCCGAGGGCAUCAACAAAUUUUACCUGGAGAACGGGCCAAACAUCUUCCCUCAAAGGCCAGACUUUGAAAACAAGUUGCUGGAGCUCAAGGGGCCGAAAUACGACGGCAAGUUCCUGCACUCCAAGAUUCAGGGCCUCCUUGGCGCUACUAGGGUGAACGAGACUCUCACCAACGUCGUCAUCCCCGCCUUCGACGUCAAGAACCUCCAGCCCACCAUCUUCUCCACCUUCGAUGCUCAGAGCCGGCCUCUGAAGAACGCGCUCCUCUCGGACGUUUGCAUCAGCACGUCAGCCGCGCCGACGUACCUCCCCGCCCACUUCUUCCAGACCAGGGACGACGCCGGCAACACCCGCGACUUCAACCUCGUCGACGGCGGCGUCGCCGCCAACAACCCAGUAAGUGUUAGUUAG